AUGAUUUCUGAAUCCUCGAUGAUUCCUGGGUCGAAACAACUUUCCUCCCCAUCGGCACUGCUACACGACAGCAGCACCUCCAGCAGGAAAAAUAAGAACCAUCACCGAAAUAGUUUUACGAGUCCGCGGCCCGCAAAAUACAAGUACUUCAUCAAACGACGACGGAACGAAAUCAUGUACAGCGUAUCCUCGAAGCGGCUCCGGGGCGGCAAGGGGACCUGCCGCAUGACCAACUGCCUGCUCCAAUACAGCGAAUCCGUUCCCAACCACGGGUCGGUCGCGGGGACGUUUCGGCGCGUGAAGCGGUACGCCGUGCGGAACCGGAUCUAUUGGAAGGCGGAGUCCCCCCUCGCACCGCUGCGCUGGCGGGAGAAGCCGAAGUGGGCGAAGGUGCGGAUGUUGGAGGAACUAUGAAUGGCAAAAGUAUUGUGCUAGUAUGAAUUGCAUUACAAAUUUGCUCAGCAUUACAAAUUAAAUUUGUAAUGCGGAUUUCCCUUAGGAACCAGAUUUGUAAAUGCAUAAAUGCACUUAGUACGAGUACGAUACUUUUGCACAGGAUAGGAAUCCGUGUACUACAAGAAGUGGUCCUUUCUCAAAUACUGCACCGAGGUGGUGAAGCACGGAAUCGAGUAUCCUGAGCAAAAACGUCCCCACCCCAGAGUUGUCAUGCAGAUUUGCAAUGACAGGAACAUUUGUAAUGCGCACGUACAUGAGAGGCGUUUCCAGUCGUGUUUUGGCAUUUGUAAUGCUGUAAACAGGAUGAGGAGAUGGGUUUGUGAUGCGACUGUCCUUGCUAACCUGCACUACACUACAAAGACGAACUUGUCAUGCAUGGCUGUCAAAACUCCUGGAUUUCUGUUGCAGAGUUCGCAACUUGACUAUGGGGAGGGGGGAUGUUUCCUUACGAUAUCGAGAACGAGUUACCGAUCAUCGACAUGCAGAACCGAAAGACCGACACCGCCUCCGCGAACGUGCACUUAUCCGGAAUGGCCUGCGAUCUGAACAACGUGUCCGAGGCCUUAUCCGAUUCGAGGCGCCACCAAAUCUCCAACCUCGCGCUGCCCUUCCGCUUCCGCCCCUUCGCGGGGCAGGUGCCGGCGGAGCUCAGCGUGUCCGAGUACCUGGAAAGCGGAACGCUCCCCACGAGCGACAGUUUCGAGACCGCGCGGGUCUACCAGCUGAGCAAGACGCACGACAACCUGCCAAAACACUCGCGGCUGUGCACCUGGGAGGCGGUGUUCACGAAAACGCAGUUGCUGAAGUACACGGAAGAGGGAGUUUUCGUGAAGGACAAGUUUCGCAACGUGGUGACCAGAAUCGGACUGCAGCUCCCUCAGGGAGGUAGCUACAACUCGGACAGCACGGGAGUAGACGAGUCGCUGUCCCUCGCGGCAGAUGAUAGAAGCAGUUGUGUGCUGCUCCCUCCCGGAAGCAUUGUGCUGCGUACCGAAACACUACCGGAAGAAGAAAGCGUCGCUGUAGAAGAAGGUAUAGGUGGUUUGCAUUUCAUAGUUCCGCGCUGUUAUCAAUGUAAGGAUAUUAUUGAUUUCUAUCAAUCCGGGUGUGCAUGCGUAUGAUUAUGUAUAUUAAUGUGUUAUUAGAACUCGUCCGUAGUUGAGGACUAUUAGAACUCCGUAGUUGAGUAAACCUACCUACCCACCCUGUCUCGCCAAAGUUGCUCUCCACUGAUCCCGUUCACCGAGAGAAAGAAAAUCAGUCGAUCUACUUCUCGAUCCACUUUAAAUGCUCCUUUUUCCUGAAGGGAGAUUCUUUCGCACCUUCCUGCGCUCUGCGUAGCACCACGCAACCUUCAUAAAUCCUUUCGAAAACUAGCCAUUUUUCGUCUGGACGACGGGUCUGCAAUAGUAAAACGGUGACUCGUGUUGCUGCUCUGGCGUGACACUGUGCUGGCUGCAGUGUCAAAUAGUCCCGCACAACGAUCAGAAUAGACAACGAAUGUAAAACGCUGCUCUUUAUUGUUCAAACGUACAGCGAAAAAGACAAAACAUGGGCAGCGUUCAUAAAUCCUUCCGCGCUUUUCUUUCCGUGCGCGGGAGGACGACGCGUUUGCUAGAAAAAAACGGUGCCUCGUGUUGCUGGCUCGGCUUUAUCUUUACAUGUCGAGAAAACAGUGUCAAAAGGCCCGGACAGUCUUUAUUUCCUUCCUAUCGCUAGGCUUUUUGCCGCCUUGAAAAAAGUUUUUUUCCACUAAGAAAAAGGUUCAAUGGACCAUUGCACCUUCCGCAAGUAUUAUCUCGAUCAAUAAACAAUUCUAGCAGGUCUUUCUUCCCCCGCCUUCGCGUCUUCUUCGCAGGGGGCGGAGGCGCAAGCGAGGGUGCAGGAAUCUCGCUCGAUUUCGGCGAAGAAGCACGUGACCUUCCUGCUCACGGAAGACUACCAUCGAAUGCUGGACGAAGAAUUUGACAGUGACGCCGAUGGGUACGACGUGCCCUUUCUCGCCGCGUUGCCAGCGGAUGUCGGGUACAGCGAGGCGACGCUCGUAGACCGGUGGGAGCGAUACUGGAACAACGACCAAGGAGCUGAUGACCCGGUAGAUGAACGGCAACAGCGGAGCGAGAGUCAUCUGGUCGCACAAGAAGCUGCACAUCUCCAGCUUUCCGCCGCCGCAGACUCGCUGCAGAGUGAAGACGCGGCUGAUACUACUACUAGCGGGUACAAUCGUCAAGACAAUAAUGAAGCUUCUGCUCUUACUUCCAGUAGAACUGCGGAACAGCAAAAAGAAGGGACGGAACUACAACUACGCAGGGAGUCGAUAAUAAAGCCGACCAAAAGCAAGGACUUCGCGAUGUUUGAUGGCGUCGAGACCACCCGCGCGGUCGGGCUCGAGGCAAGGCGCUUGCGUGUCGCCGCGAUUUUGCAGGAAAAAAAGCGGCAGUACAAGAGUCUGAUGGACAAGGACGAAGCGUCUUGUCUAGAAGUACCUGGCGGCUCGGAAGAAGAUACUAUCUCAUCGCUUGGUGGAAGGGAAGCGAGUGCUUUGGAUGAUUCAGACUCGGAUUCGAAACCGAGCAUCGGUGCAUUGGCCUUCCAACCGAGCACCGAGUUCGGACCGAGGGAACAGGUGUCGACCGAGGAGUCUGAUGCAGCGGAUUCAGCCUUCAACAGGAAAGAAGUUUCCGACAAGCGCCAAAGUGCGACAGGGAGCUGAUUUCCAUGUAGACGCUGUGAAAUUACCACAUCGCUUCUCGCAUCUUUACCUAUGAAAAGAUGAAAGAAUCAUUGAAACCUUCUCGCGACAAAAGCAAAGCGCUGCGUAUUUGCGCUUUUCUCGAAACUGCGGCAU